UUGUUCCGGCUCGCCAAAGAUGGCGGCCCCCAGAGCGGGAGCGUGAAAGUUGUUGGUGAAAGACGGUGUCCACUCGCGCUGGAAUUGAAACUGUGGGGACUGUGCGCCAUGUCGCGACUGAUCGUGAAAAACCUCCCGAAUGGGAUGAAGGAGGAGCGUUUCAGGCAGCUGUUUGCCUCCUUUGGCACCCUGACGGACUGCAGCCUGAAGUUCACCAAAGAUGGCAAGUUCCGUAAGUUUGGCUUCAUCGGCUUCAAGUCAGAGGAGGAGGCCCGGAUGGCCCUGAACCAUUUCAACAAGAGUUUUAUCGACACAUCCCGGAUCACAGUGGAGUUCUGCAAGUCGUUUGGGGACCCAACAAAGCCCCGAGCCUGGAGCAGACACGCUCAGCAAAUAAGCCAGGCUAAGAAUCCUUCAAAAGACAAAGACUCCGUCCCCACGGAACCCAAGAAAGAUGACAGGACGAAAAAGGUAGCAAGUGAACUGGAGAAGCUGAAGGAAGACACCGAGUUCCAGGAGUUCCUGUCCGUGCACCAGAAGCGGACGCAGACAGCCACGUGGGCCAAUGACGCCCUGGACGCCGAGCCCUCGAAAGGGAAGAGCAAGGCCACCAGUGACUACCUGAACUUCGACUCCGACUCUGGGCAGGAGAGCGACGAGGAGGGUGCUGGCCAGGACCCAGAAGAGGAGGAUGGCCUCGAACCCAGGGCGGCCGUGCAGAGGGAGCUGUCGGACAUGGAUUACCUGAAGUCCAAGAUGGUGAAGUCCGAGUCGCCGUUGUCCUCGGAAGAGGAGGAGAGUGAAGACGAAGCUGUGAGCUGUGGGGACGGGAGUGGGGCCGAGGAGGAGGCCCCCAGCCCCGCGCCCGCCCAGCACGACAGAGGGAGGCCGGGGGCUGGCCCGGAGCAGGGCGCCUCAUCCAGGAGCGACACACCGGGGGCGGCCAGAGCUGAGCCUGAAGCCCCUGUUAGCACACCCUUACCUCCACCUGCAGCCAGACUGCACACCGCAGCAGGCAUGAUGCUGGUCAGCAUUCCCUGGCUUGCCCCGGCCGAAGGGUACAUCUUUGUGGACUUCAGCAGUGAAGAGGAAGUCAAGCAAGCUCUGAAAUGCAACAGGGAAUACAUGG